UGAAUUAGUUCCUCAUAUAGUUAAAUCUCAUAUCAUGUCAACUAUAAUUCUCUUGUUGUUACUGUGUGCAAUAGCUCCUGUAGUGGCAGAGAAUGCUGCAACUGAUAUAACCAAUCAGGCUGAUGCAACGAAGUACCUGAUACAGUUUGGUUACCUACCAUCCAUAAGUAGAUCAUCUUCUAACAUCUUGGCAGAGGCAAUAGUUGACUACAGAGAAGCCAUAAAAACAUUCCAGAGAUAUGCUUAUCUCUCACAAUCUGGUGAAAUAGAUUCUGCCACAAUAGCAAUGAUGAACAAGCCCAGAUGUGGUUUACCAGACAGAGCUUCACAGAGUCAACGACAAAAGAGAUAUGCAACUCAAGGUAGUUGGCCCCGUCGAAGAAUUACAUACAAGAUAUGGAAUUAUACUCCAGACCUACCAAGAUCACAAAUCAAUCGAGACUUUGCGAAUGCAUUCAAGGUUUGGGCUGAUGUCACAAAUCUAAGUUUCCAACAAGUCUAUACAAACAAUGCAAAUCUCAACAUUAAGUUUGUGUCAUUUGAUCAUGGUGAUGGAUUUCCUUUUGAUGGACGAGGAAAAGUACUUGCCCAUGCUGCACUUCCUCAAAAUGGACUUAUCCAUUUUGAUGAGAGUGAAAAAUGGACUGCAAACUCCAAGAAAGGUAUAAACCUUUACUGGGUGGCAGUUCAUGAAUUUGGACACUCCUUGGGAAUGCAGCAUAGCACUGUAAGGGAUGCUGUGAUGUAUGCUUAUUACGGAGGAUAUCAGCCUAACUUGCAGUUACACACAGAUGACAUCCAAGGCAUUCAAAGUAUAUAUGGUCAUUCAAGUAGAACAACUAACGGUACAAGUACAUGGGGAAGAUGGGGUACAUGUUCAAAGACAUGUGGUGGGGGAGUUCAAAGAAGAUCACGCUCAAUAUCUGGUGUCACUACAAGUCAAACA